CCGAAGGGCCCACCCCGGGGCGUUCCUGAAGGGCGCCCUCGGCCGCCCCCACCGCCCCCCAGAUGUACUAUGCGCUUUCCCAGGCGCGCGUGAACGCGGCCCCCGCGACCAUGCUGCGGCCACAGCGGCCCGGAGACGUGCAGCUCGGGGCCUCCCUGUACGAGCUGGUGGGCUACCGGCAGCCGCCCUCCUCCUCCUCCUCCUCCUCCUCCUCCUCCUCCUCCACCUCCUCCUCCUCCUCCACGGCGGCCCCCCUCCUCCCCAAGGCGGCGCGCGAGAAGCCGGAGGCGCCCGCCGAGCCGCUGGGCGCGGGAACGGGGCCCGGCGCGCACGCGGGCGGCGGCUCCCGGGCGGACGCCAAAGAGGAGCAGCAACAGCAGCUGCGGCGCAAGAUCAACAGCCGCGAGCGGAAGCGCAUGCAGGACCUGAACCUGGCCAUGGACGCGCUGCGCGAGGUCAUCCUGCCCUACUCGGCGGCGCACUGCCAGGGCGCGCCCGGCCGCAAGCUCUCCAAGAUCGCCACGCUGCUGCUCGCCCGCAACUACAUCCUGCUGCUGGGCAGCUCGCUGCAGGAGCUGCGCCGCGCUCUGGGCGAGGGCGCCGGACCCGCCGCGCCGCGCCUGCUGCUGGCCGGCCUGCCCCUGCUGGCCGCCGCGCCCGGCUCCGUGCUGCUGGCGCCUGGCGCCGUGGGGCCUCCCGACGCGCUGCGCCCCGCCAAGUACCUGUCGCUGGCGCUCGACGAGCCGCCGUGCGGCCAGUUCGCGCUCCCCGGCGGCGGCGCGGGCGGCGGCGCGGGCGGCCCAGGCCUCUGCACCUGCGCGGUCUGCAAGUUCCCGCACCUCGUCCCCGCCGGCCUGGGCCUGGCCGCAGUGCAGGCGCAGUUUUCCAAGUGA